AGUCACGCUUAGUCUCAGAGAAACAUACAUACAACGUACACAUGGUGGAUAUCAUUACCUAAAUGAUAGCUACAGGCUGGACAACUAAAGACUUAAGCAUGCUUGGCUCUUCGAUUAUGUACCUGUGAGUCGUGGUGGUCAGAACCGGAACCUUAGAUAUUAGACUUAGAACGAGCCACUUCCAGGCUAUGAUAAUCUAUGGAUCUUGCGCCAACCUAGUCUUGCUAAGACUCCAGGCGGUGGCGAGAAGAGCGAGGUGAGAUAAUAGGAGUUGAAGGAUGGCAAGGAGCACGCGCAGCCUGCAUCCUGCUGCCGAGUGCGGUGCUGAAGUGAUUGUAGCGACGGAAACCAAACAUUUAGCGAAAAUACCUAAUUUUGAGGUAAAGAAAGAGGCAGAAGGCAAAACAGUAGAAAGUGAGGAAGGAUGGUAUUGCGGUUCGAUUUACUUCACUGCCCACCCUGUCGAUAGCCUACUUUUCCAGAACCCAGACCUCUUCCACGAUCUAUUCGUCUUAAAAUGCGUCACUACUGUUGUCUUCACUUCAGGCGAUCGAGGUAAUACGGACAACUUCUCCUUUGCGCUUGAGCAUGGCCUCGAAGAAGCAUACUCUUGGAUCGCUGGCGUGCCAGCGAACGAACCAAAGCGGAAGGCUACUUUGGUGAAGAUUGGCAAGUACGAGGUCCCGUCCUGGGCACCGAAAGACAUGCCAAGUAUGCAGAUCCUCUACCUUCGUCUUCCUGAUGGUGCGCCUGCUGGGCAGGGCUAUGACACAAAUGGUGGAGAGUCACUGAAGAAGCUAUACAACAAGGAGAUCAAGAGUAUCACGACUACAGACGGAAACGUAACAUACACGCUUGAGGACCUCAAGGAUAUCAUUGUUACUGUCCUUCACGAGAGGCAGGCGAAUGACAUUCGGGUGUUGAACUACAAGGCUUCGGUGUCUCAUGAAUACAAUACAGACUUAGAUCACGCCGAUCAUACCAUCUCUGCCAAAUUAGUCAUCGAGGUCAUCGAGGAGGAGAAAAUCAGGGCAAACGUCAAAGUAUACGCAGGCCACUUCAUGCGCAAGCUAGAGGCCAACCUGGGCCCACUGCAUCCCGACUACGAGAGAAAGGCCAAUGCCUUCUUCAAGUACGCGGAACACGAUGAGCAAAUGUGUCAGAAUCUCGAGGAGUGCGAGGAUGAACUGGAGGGUGACGAAGCUGAUCUGUUCCUGGAUCGCGAUGUUAAGCAUAUUUCUCACUACCUGGAGCGUGAGUACUACGUUUCGUAG